GAAUUCACUUGAAUUACUCUGACACUCAUUACAACAACAGGAAUUAGAUCAACUACUCCGUUGCAGGUUCUUUCAUAAAUGCAAGAAAUGUCUCAGUUCAACAUUUGAAUUUGUCAGUUGUGUGUUCAAUUUAAUUAAACGUUAAAUGUUGUUUCGAAAAAUUUUCGGCUGAAAAUCUAAAUCAGAGCAAUUGCGCUUUACCGUCGAACGUAAUACGAGAAAUAAUAAAAUCAGACAUCAAAAUAUUGCCAUUGAACUGUAGCUUAGCAUAUUGCGUAACACAUCAACGUGAGCGAAUUUGGUUUCAAUUCAUCAUGAAAGACCGGUAUUUCACAACGGGCAGUAUAGAGGCGCCAGAUCCAUUUGACAAGCAUUUGGACCAAAUCGGUUUCUAUCGAAAGCAUACCGCUCGGGAUGCAACUUCUCUGUUUCGCGUCAUUUCUGAACAAAUGUAUGGCGCUCAAAUCCAUCAUCUGGACAUCAGAGAUUUUUGUGUUCGAUACAUGGCCAUGUAUCCAAGUAUCUACGAAAAGGUGGUAGUCGGUACCACUUUAACCUUCGAAGAGUAUUUGGCGAAAUUGGCGAAACCUAGGACUUUCGGCACACUUACGGAACUUACGGCGUUGGCGUACCGUUUCAAAAGAAAUGUGUUCCUGUUGGAAGGUGGCACUAUGGGCGAUUGGUUCGUUUACGAAAAGGAAUUCGAAGAUACGUUUCUAGUGUUUUAUGCCCCUCCCAAACACUUUGACACAGUUUUUCAGAAAUCGUACAUCGAAUCCGUUGCAUUUAGUCAGUCUCUUACGUAUGAGAUUCUGUAUAGUCACGUGUUCAAAUUGCCCGAUGUUGUGUAUGCCGUUGAGCGAAUGCUCCAUGAUCCACCUGAAGGUACUCACAUCAGCCAGAUUGAAGUGUCGCCGUUCGAUGAGUCGCAGGAGAGUUUGACGCUAUCAGAUGGAAGACAUUUUAUAUUGGAUCAUGCAGACGAAACGGAAUGCAUUUUGAAGAACUAUUUGUUCUGCCACUUCCACAACAAACGAUUCGAGAAAAUGGUUGAGUUGGAGGAAUUCUUGCUUCCACAGCCAGCCGGGGAUUCGUGGACCUUUUCGGAUCACAUUUAUGCUUCAUCGUUACCGCGCAGAAAUGUCUCUUGUGUGCGUCAGUUGCUCGACGAAAGUGAGUACCACAUAAAACCUUUUUCAUAUAAGGUUGCUAAAGCGUUGGACACUCACAUCUAUCGGAACAUUGAAUUUGACGUCUGGGGAGAUGCACGUAGGAGUGCACGUUUUAAACAAUGGUCGCAGGGCGAUUCGUUGCAGGUCGGCGUCAAAUGUAUUAUCGACAACAUCGAUCCAAAUCAUAAAUCGUCUUAUUGUCACAUCCAAGAGAUGCGUCCGCAAAAGAAUUCAUGUGUUGUGUACGUUGAAACAUUGGGAGAUUAUCGGCUAGUUCCGAUAUCAGCAAUCCAAACCAUUCCAUCUGUUACGUGGAUGGUACCGACGAAUCCUCAGCAUCGCUAUCGCACCGAUAAGAAGAGAAAGCGAAACAGCAACAACGGACGUUCGAAUGAACUCUGUAAGCUCAGCUACAAAUGCUCGAAAAUUGAGGACGACGAAGCCUAUCUGGACAUUCGUUAUUUCACCAAACCAAUGCACAUUCCGGAUCAGUAUCAUGAGUACAUUACGCAACCACAGUAUGCAUCGAACCGUUGGUCGAAGAAUGACGAAAAUGCCGGAGGAAAUAAUCAGCCGAAUAAAAAUGCUCCGGCGAAAAAGUCGAAUCAAAAUCCUGGUGGCGGGGAAAAGUCGAUGAAACCGGAUAAUAAUAAGACUUCCACAGCUAAACGUCCCAAUCCGACCGCUGAUCCUAAGACCACAGGUAAAACCGGAGCCGAAUUGGCGAAUGUUGAAUUUGAGCCGCGCGUACAUUAUGGAAAUCCGACCAAUAUGCCUUACGUGGAAAGAUCGAAUGCGGCGGUUGUCUUUUCACAUAUGGACAAUGUAGAGAUGGACGUUGGAUCUAUGGCUCAAGGCUAUGGCGGCCACGGCCACUUCGUCCCUUUGCAGUCAAUGAUCAAAAAUAAGGAAUUACUACGGUCAGUGUAUCCACCAAAUUUGAAUGCUCAGCCAAGCGUGUUUCCAGAUGGUAGCGAUCUAAGAGGAGUGGAUUAUGGGACGCUUCGAUUCUUUUAUAAUUUGGGUCAUGAAUACAUGCGUUACAUGCACUACCGCUUUCCUCGCAAAGCCGUUUCCGCAAUGUUUCAGGGGAUAAUAAAUGACGCAUUUCCGGCACGCCAAAAUCGAUACUCUGGAGGCUAUUACGAUAACUUCCAAGACAUGGGCGAACUGGCGAAUGACUUUAGUAGAUCUAUUUCAUUCGCAGGAAGAGAUCAACAACAGCAGCAACAUACCAAUAAGCCGAAUGAAGGCCAGAAUCAAUACCGUCGAAUGUUCAAUCCCAACGCGGUGAAUGCACACAAAAAGACGAACAACCGGAACUAUCGCACAGACUUUAAUAAAGGCAAACGUCAAUUUGGCGAUUCAGAUGCAUCAAAAACUAAUCAACAGAAGGCACCGGACAACUACAACCAAGCAACAACAGAUUACCCGGAUGCAGUACCUACUGCUGACCCGAAUGUCAGAACAUCCGAAUACGAUCCAUCAUUACCGACGAUGAUGCCGGCACCGCAGCCCAUUUAUACGGAUGGUGGUGAUCCUGGAAUGUACGGUGUACCACUCGUGUACGGAAUGUAUCCGCAAGUUAAUGACAAUUUUGCUUCGUAUCCGGUUCCAGUACCAGGCGGAAUGAUGUACGCUGAACCGUUGAAUGUCGAUAGCGAUCUGACACAAACGUAUCCAUACUAUAAUCCACAUGGUGGCUUCUAUUACCAAAGUCAAAUGCCGCCGUUACAAAUCGGACAACAUCAGGGUUCUUGGUAUCCACCUUCAAUCGUACCGAUUCAUUCAACCAUGCCGAUGCCUAUUCAGGCGUCCGGAUCGACAGUGUCGGCUGCACCAAUGCCAUCGACGCCAACAUAUGGGAAUUACAUUGUAUCCGAACCAGAACUGCCGUCAACACCAUACACACCGAACGAACAGUAACUGAAGCUUGUCCGAAUGUCGUUGGGAUUGGUUUCUGUUUCAAAAGUAGCAAUCAAAAAUGGAUGACCAAUAUACGCAAUAAUUCCAAUACUUAGACUAACAUAUAAAAUAAUGCAGCGACAUUGUAUGGCGCUUGCUAUGAAAUUCAUAAUUUAACUUAUCGUUCGAGUUACUUUUACUUAUUGGGAAGAAACAAACAAAAAUAUUGAAAUUCUUCAAAAUGACAAAAUGUGCCGAGAAUGUCGCGUGAAGUUUGUUAUCUCUGCGCAGUCUGUUAACAAUUUCUGCAAUCUUUCAUUUUUGGAAAGAGUAUUUUCUUUGUUGAAGCUUAAUUUUCCUUCCUCUAAUUUUUCUUUGAUUAAUUAUUAUCCGGUUCACUACCCUUAUCUACUUAUUACGGUCAAAUUUAAUGUUUUUUUUAUUUCUCUUAAAAAAUCAAUUUAGCUGAAUCAGAAUUUUAGGUUAAGUUGUUUUUUUUUUCACAUUUAUUAUUACAAAUUAAAAAAGAGACUAGCUGGUCGCUAGAUUUAUUGAAGUUCGUUAAA